GGCGUACGGAUGAUGCAAACGAGCCGCGCCGCCGGUGAUUCCGGAAGAAACAAGAGCGCGGCGUGAACAUGGGGAAGCAAAAGAAAACACGGAAGUAUGCGACCAUGAAGCGAAUGCUUAGUCUCAGAGAUGAGAGGCUUAAAGAAAAGGAUAGAUUAAAACCAAAAAAGAAAGAAAAGAAAGAUCCUAGUGCACUCAAGGAAAGAGAAGUCCCCCAACACCCUUCCUGCUUAUUUUUCCAAUAUAACACACAGCUGGGCCCACCUUACCACAUCCUGGUCGAUACCAACUUUAUCAACUUUUCCAUUAAGGCCAAACUGGACUUAGUGCAGUCAAUGAUGGACUGUCUGUAUGCCAAGUGUAUCCCUUGUAUAACUGACUGUGUAAUGGCUGAAAUUGAGAAAUUGGGGCAGAAGUAUAGAGUGGCUUUAAGGAUUGCCAAGGAUCCAAGAUUUGAACGAUUACCAUGUACACACAAAGGAACCUAUGCAGAUGACUGCUUAGUACAAAGAGUAACUCAGCACAAGUGUUACAUUGUGGCCACAGUUGACCGGGACCUUAAACGAAGAAUCCGGAAGAUCCCUGGAGUUCCCAUCAUGUACAUUUCUAACCAUAGGUACAACAUUGAGCGGAUGCCAGAUGAUUACGGAGCCCCUCGGUUCUAAUGAGAAGAAAAAAUUUCUCCACCUUCCUUUGACCCAUUUUCUCUUUUGCAAGUUCAUUAAACAUGCUAUAGUGUGAAUUACUAUUGCACUCACCCACUUGCUCUAUAAUGAGCUGAGUAUAGUUAAAUAUAUUCACUUUUCAAUGUUGUUUUUAAAAUUAUAUUUUGUGUCAUUUUAAA